AUGACAUACACAGCUAUUGAUCAACAUCUUUCCAUCAGUCCAUCAAUUAAAUCUCGACUGCAAUUGUUUUCAAAAGCGCUGAUGCUUAUUAGUGCUAUGCUAAUCAUGGCUUUGACUUUUGUACAUGCAGCAGAUUCAGACCGAUCAGCCCAACCAAUCGGUAAAUCAACGCCUAGCUCUUCAGUGACUUCUGGCCAUUGGUCCAGCAGUCUCACCCAAGAGGCAUCUCAGUUUAUAAUAGAGACAGCAAGCAGCUACACUAUAUGCAAAGACUAUCUUGGCCAGAAAGGGCUGAUCUUAAUAAAUGUGAUAGAGAACACGACGCCUGAAGUCCUAAUACUUCACAAUGGACUUACCGACACAGUUACAACAGAAGAGAUACAUGCUCUAACUAAGUUACUAACCCAGGCGAUAGAAAGCACGACCUGCACCAAAGUUGAAUUCAUUGGAUUUAACUACCCUACAAUGCAGAUAAGUGCGCAGGAUUUAACGGACAAACAAACGUCUGGCAGUUUCAGUAACAGAUUGUCUGCCACACGAAAGUCUAUACGGCGCACCUGGUCACAAGCAAAUACUUCUCCAAAACCAGUCACUCUUCUCCUAACACGAUGCAAUGCCGAGUUUGCUAAGGUCUUACCAUUAAUCUUAGGCCGCCGCCAAUCAGUUAGCAUAGUCGGCUGCAAACAGUGCUUCAUGUCUUCUUUAGACUGGCUCUGCCAACUUAACAUAUUCCGUGACAAGCCCCUCGAUGUAACUAUCAUUCAAGACAGUAGCGACAAGAUUACAUUUUCGCAGAGCCCACGAGCUGAAAUAAGAAUCAACUUAUGCCACACCAAUAGCCAGCUAGCUCUCAGCAGCAAGACCAAUACCAUUGCACAGCCCAAGUUAUACCUCCAAAUGAACCUGCAACAACUGGCCAGCUUCUCCGACCUUCAAAAAACAGCCAACAUAAGGCGACUAGAAGUCUUUGGCGUAAGCAAUGCCACCCUCUCGACACACCCAGAGUACCAACAACAAAGUGACCCGCCAUCAACUUAUCUCAAACUGCAUCCCCAAGAAACCUAUCUUUAUUUUGAUACUCAAACCGAUAUGACCACAGCCAACCCAGCCCAACUUGAAGCCAUCUUAUUGCGCUCAAGAGUCCUCUUAAAGAAAGCGAUGUUUCUUGGCAUAAGCGAGAAGCCUCUGAAUUCGGCUUUACAAUUUUCAGAACCAACUGUUUGCGAGCCUAAACCAAGAAUACCGCAUAAAGUCACUAACCUGACGACACUGGCCCAUGACAAAGGCGCACAAGCCAUGCUACUAGUUAAUUUUGGCAACAACUUUUCUAACACACAUCAUGAUGUUGUCUUCAAAGUCAGCAUAACACCCGAUCAAAAGUUUGAUAAGACCGAUGCCACCUCACAACUACUAUACCGGGCAGUCACCAGCAUAAGGAAUAUCUCAACCAGCACAGUUAGGGUUUUCAAUACAGCCGUUGAUGAAGAACUUGCAGAUGAGACCAUCAGCAUAGGCAAAGCAAUCGAAAGCCAGUUCUUAACUCUAAUCUUCGAUGGAGUCCCAUUCAAUUACAUUAAGGAUUUUCUGGCUACACUCAGUAAAGAUAAAAGCCCAAUGGUUCUACAAAUUGCCAACACCAAAAUACCUUCAUUGGAGCAUUGCCUAUCACUUAUCACCUGCCGAUACAACCAUAUAAUUUCCCUUCAAAUAUCAGCAGCUGAUUUACAGUCGUUAGAACUCAAAGACCCCUUAUCAGAUACAGAUAAAGAGGCCAUCAGCAAGCUCCGUGUGUUGGUAUAUCCAAACACUUACAAAGCCAGACACACAGACCUCGAGAACCUUUACAGCCUAGGCCUUCCCAUCUGUCUUCCUUUUUGCUUCUACUACAGCCGGGACUAUUGUGCGCAGCCACUUAACCUUCCAGCCAAAGCCAGCCUUCAUCUAUACGAUACUACCUUUGGUGACAUUCGCCAAGUUCUUGUACAAGCAAAAGCCACCCUGCUCCAGCAGCAGUUAACAAACCUCGACUGCUACAUUCACAUCGCACCUGAUCUUGUUCUAACACCCCAAACUGCCAUCCUCCUACUCAACUACAUGAAGCUGCAUAGAAAGCACUUCAGCACUCCCCCCACAGUUUGUUUUACCUUUAAUCUUCCGGCGCACAUUAUAGCCUUCCAUCUCCAAUUCCCACUAGCCACAGGCCCCUUCUGCAAAGACAUGAUCCAUUUCCACUUACUUUACCACGACCAACUAGAGCCUAAAUCCAUCGAGCUAUGCUCCCAGGCCGCACGUACUCAACCUCUACCAGAUCAAUUUUACAUCAACUACAUCCCAACUACAUCCUAUCCGGUCUUAUUCGAAUAA